ACGGGGCACUGUGUCUGCCAUGGCACUGCUGACGUGGCACUGCUGACGUGGCACUGCUGACGUGGCACUGCUGAUGUGGCACUGCUGACGUGGCACUAUGUCUGACGUGGCACUGCUUACAUGGCACUGUGCACAAAAUAAGCUGGCUACCUAUCAGAAGGCUUCUCUAGAUGGUGAGGGUAUUGAAGGAGAUGAUGAAGGAGAGGAAGAGGAUGAAGAUGAAGAUAAUGAAACAGAUGAUGAAGCGCUGGUGGAUUCACAGGUCGUUCCCUCAGAUGCUGGUGAUGAGGAAUACUUUGAGGCCUUAGAAGUGCUGCACCACCAUGACUACCUGGUACGAUCAUCUUCAGCUGGCGAUCCUGUUGUGCUACCAGAACAGGCAGGUGUUGCUGAACCUCCUGAAGAGGUCGAGGGUAUGGGUGAGGCGGAAACAGAGACAGAGGUGGAGAGGGAGGAUCUAAUUGAGCCGCGGACAAGGUUGCCUGCACCAAGGCCCCUAAAUCGUGGUUUUAGUUUGUGGAGCAUUUUGAAGAAUGCAAUCGGGAAGGACCUGAAUCGUAUUACGCUUCCUGCAACAGUCAAUGAGCCAUUGUCAGUUCUUCAGCGAUGUGCAGAAGAGCUCGAGUACCGGUCCUUACUUGAGGCAGCAGUAAGGCAAGAAUCGUCAAUGGAGCGAAUGUUGCUUGUUGCAGCGUUUGCAUGUUCGUCUUAUUAUCGGAGUAUUCUCCGGGAUGCUAAACCAUUCAACCCCUUGUUGGGAGAGACUUAUGAAUGGGCGUCCCCAGAAGGGAGGACGAAAUUCAUUGCAGAGCAGGUGAGUCAUCAUCCUCCAAUCAUGGCUUUCAACUGUGAAGGCUUGGAUGGGCAGUACUGCAUCUAUGGGGAGAUGGAGUUGCGCAACAAGUUCUGGGGCAAAAGUGUGGAGAUUUUACCAAUCGGUGUGUGCCAUUUACGGAUUCCCAAGUUUAAGGACCACUACACGUGGAAUAAGGUCACAACUUGCGUCCACAACGUGGUGGUUGGAAAGCUAUGGAUUGACAACUAUGGAGAGAUGCUGAUUACAAACCAUACAACUGGAGAGACAUGCCGUUUACGUUUUCACAAAGCAACCAGUCAAGAACAGGGUCGUGUUGCUGGUAAGGCUUUCGAUGCAAAGGGAGUUGCUGUGUAUUCAAUUCAUGGCAACUAUAUGGAUAAAAUUUCAGCUACUCCGGAGGCACUUGCCGUCAAGUCUGUGGCGCCCGCUUCCAAUGGAGCUACACCCAAGCCACCAAGGCUGUUAUGGAAGGGAACCAAUCAAUUGGAAAACUCGGUUCAACAGUAUUCAUUUUCCCAGUUCACUGUUGGCCUGAAUGAACUGACACCCAAAUUGGCGGAGGUGCUUCCCCCAACGGACUCCCGGUUUCGACCUGACCAGCGCGCUCUGAGAUGUGAGAUUCACCGGAGAACCUUGGCAAAAAGUGAUGGAAGCUUACGGCACCAGAUUGACUAUGUGCUGAGGAUGACAUCCUGAGACUAACAGCCAAACCGAACAAAUGAACAAGUUGUCC